AUGACUUCUCUGAUUAUUGAUGCCAGUGACGACGCUGAACGGGCUCGGAUUUCCGAAGUGAUUUGCAAGCAUCCUAAGAAUGUACAUAUACUUUCACCAACACUAUUUUUGAAGUCCCAAAUGACGAUUUUACGCGAUGCUGAUACUGUAAAAUCAGCGGAGUUCCGUCGAGCAGCUGAUCGCAUCACGAGGCUGCUAGUUGAGGAGGUUAUCAACCUCGGCUGGAUCAAGUGCGCUGAAGAUGUGAAAGUAACGACUCCCACUGAGGAAACUGUGAAGGGUGUGCGCCUUCCAGAGGACCAUCUGAUGGCUGUGAGCAUUGUGCGUGCUGGUGAAAGCAUGGAGGCUCCUGUGCAAGAAGUAUUCCCAGAAGCCAGAAUUGGAAAGGUUCUCAUUCAACGUGAUGAGGAAACUGCGAUGCCAAAACUAUUUUAUAUCAAACUCCCCGAGUUCAAGUCAUCACCACAUGUUUUGCUGCUAGACCCGAUGCUGGCCACCGGAGGGAGCUGUAUUAUGGCGAUCAAGUCCUUGCUGGAGGACCCCAACUGCCACAUAGUAGAGAGCGAUAUCAUUUUCCUCAAUCUCAUUUCGUGUCCAGAGGGCAUUGAAAAUCUCACUGCUGCUUACCCUAGAGUCCGUAUUGUCAGUGGAUGCCUUGAUCGAGGACUCAACGAGAAGGCGUAUAUUGUUCCGGGCCUUGGUGAUUUCGGUGACAGGUAUUUCGGAACUCAAUAG